AUGCCAAUGCCGGACUCUUACAAAGCAUUUCGUCGCACUGCCGAUGGAUCAUCUGUUGAGAUGACGGAAGAGAAACUGCCAUCGUCUCUUCAGUCCAAUCAUGUUUUGAUUCGCAUCCAUGCAGUUUCUCUCAACUACAGAGACGUCGCCAUGAUGCACGGAAAGUAUCCAGUUCAAGUGAUUGAUCGUGGUAUCCCAGCCUCCGACUGUGCUGCAGAAGUCAUUACGGUCGGUUCCGACGUCAAAGACUUCAGCCCGGGAGAUCGUGUUGCGCCUCUUUUCGAUUUGAACACUGUCACAGGGCUUGAAGAUAACAUGCAGGUUCUUGGUGGUGACGUUGAUGGUGUACUACGACAAUACGCAGUCUUUGAUCAAAAGGUGUUGGUCCACUUACCUAAGCACCUGUCCUGGGAAGAGGCAGCUUGUAUUAACUGUGCCGGAACCACAGCCUGGAAAGCACUUGAUAUGCCACGAGCCGGGGGCACUGCUUUGCUACAAGGGACGGGGGGUGUUAGCAUGUUUGCGUUGUUGAUCUGCUUAGCAGCUGGCAUCCAGCCUAUUAUUACAUCUUCAUCCGACAAGAAGCUGGAGAUAGUGCGGGCGCUGGGCAAACCAGGAGCGGUACAGACCGUGAAUUACACAACACACCCUGACUGGGAUGAACAAGCGCGCCAUUUUACCUGCGGACGAGGUGUCGACGUUGUCGUUGACAAUGUGGGGCCCACCGCUAUCGCACAAGCUCUUUCGUCCCUUGCCCGUGGAGGUCUUAUCUCCCUUGUCGGCUUCCUAGGAGGGUUCAAUAUGGACAAGCAACCCGACGUACUUGGGCCUGUUCUACUGAAGAGCGCCAGAUUAAAGGGUCUUACCCCGGGCACGAAGCCUGAGUUCCAGGCUCUCUGCAAUUUCCUGGAAGAAAAGGCACUCCAGCUGAAGCCUUUAUUGGAUGACACUAUCUUUCCCUUCGAAGAUUCAAAGAAUGCUUUUGAUCAUCUUUAUGCGGCCAAACAUAUGGGCAAGGUGGUGAUCAGAAUGUGA